ACUUCCAGGGAGGUUUUUCGUCCGUCGUUUGACAAUUUUGGAGGAAGUCGUCACAGAAGUUGUGCGUUGUGGAGGUCAAGUCAAAUCUCAGGUAGCUAGGUAUGCAAAAUAAAACAUCCCCUGGAAAUCUAAGCUACUAUUUAAAAAAUUGUGAUAACAAGAAUACUGUCUGUUGAAUAGUGGAAUACUUCGCUAGCUAGCCCGCUAACGUCGAUAGCUACCGUUAGCGUGCCAUCUCUCUGGCUAUCUGUAUUAGCUAGCUUGCGACAGACAAGACUGCCAGUCCUAGCACGUGAAAUAGUAGCUAACGUUAGCAGACCACAUUUAGCUAUCUAACGUUAACGGUAGUCAUUAUUCAAUUGAGCAGUAUUGAUUGUGGUUCUUAAGAUGUUUGGCUUUACUUAACGAGAUGAACUACAGUAUGAUGACUAACUAGUAUGUUGUUAACGGUAACACCUCUUGAAUAGUACACUGAAUGCAGGCCCAGGAAAAACUAGGGUUCCAUAGUCUGGUGAAUUUGGGGCUGUAUCUGUCUAGAUAUCUGCUGAAACAGAAUCGUUAGUCCCAAAUACACCAGACCAGAAACUCUGGUUUUACCUGGGUUUGCAUUCAGUGUAUUUGGGUCAUUCUAGGUUAUCAGACCUGCGAGUGUCUCCAGGUUAUCAGAUCUGUGAAUGUCUUCAUGAGUACAUCUAUUGUAAAAUGGUCAGAACUGUCUUUAUUUAUUCCUUUAUGUGAGCCUAACCUCCUAACCCCCAGGUUCUGAAGGAGACCCAGUGACAUCAUUAUCGACCAAUCAUGGUGAAGAAGAAGCGCAUCCGCCUGAUCGCUGAGAUGGCCCGGAAGAUCCGUGUGUACCGGGAGCUGAAGAAUCGGCCACGGGAGUCUGAGAAGUACGCACUGGACUACGACACCAUGACGCGACCACACACCAUGAAGACCCUGCCCGUGCUUGCCUGGCAGGUAUGUGUGUGGGGCACCAGGUAGCCUAGAGGUUAGAAAGCAGGGCCAGAAGGUUGAUGGUUCAAGCCCCAGGCCAGGUGUAAAAAGUGGGAAUUUAACUGGCAACUAGAUGGAGGGCUGUGGGUCUGUGAUGCCAGAUCCCAUCGACUACUGUUGUGCCCUUGAUAAGUCCGGUAACAUUCCCAAAAGUUUUCCAGAAAUCAUGGUUGGGCGGAUUCCUGGAUUUCCAGCUUAUUUCUGCAAGAUCCUGGGAACCUUCCGACCGUAUUUUAAGGAAAACCUGGGAAUUUCAGAAACCUGGGAACCCUAGCCCUCGAACAAGGGAAAGAAAAUUGAUAAAAACCCUAAAACUGCUUUCGUUUCUAUUCAGGACGUGAGGAGAGAGAGCCGUCUCUUCUCCCUGCUGUCUGGCCUCAGGCUGUUCGGGGUUGGCCACCUGUUCACACGCAAGUCUUGGCUGACAGAGCACCCUGAAGCACCUAGCUACUGGCAGGUCACCAAGGUCAAGGUGGACUACACUGCAGAAGUGAGUGGGGAGAGGAAAUGGGGGGGGGGGGAGUGAAAAAGGUAAGAGGGGGGACAGAGGUAAGGGAAAGAGGGUGAGUAAUGGGAGUGGAGGCUUAUAACACUGUUACUAUAUUUAUUUAUUUUAUUUUUUAUUUUACCUUUAUUUAACUAGGCAAGUCAGUUAAGAACAAAUUCUUAUUUACAAUGAUGGCCUACACAGGCCAAACCCGGACGACGCUGUGCCAAUUGUGCGCCGCCCUAUGAGACUCCCAAUCACGGCCGGUUGUGAUACAGCCUGGAAUCGAACCAGGGAGUCUGUAGUGACGCCUCAAGCACUGAGAUACAGUGCCUUAGACCGCUGCGCCACUUGGGAGCCCUAUAAAGCCUCAUACAUACACUAUUUAUACAAAAGUAUGUGGACACGCCUUCAAAUGAGUGGAUUCGGCUAUUUCAGCCACACCUGUUGCUGACAGGUGUAUAAAAUCGAGCACAUAGCCAUGCAAUCUCCAUAGACAAACAUUGGCAGUACAGUCGUGGUCAAAAGUUUUGAGAAUGACACAAGUAUUGGUCUUCACAAAGUUCGCUGCUUCAGUGUUAUGAGAUAUUUUUGUCAGAUGUUACUAUGGUAUACUGAAGUAUAAUUACAAGCAUUCCAUAAGUGUCAAAGGCUUUUAUUGACAAUUACAUUAAGUUCAUGCAAAGAGUGUUGACCCUUCUUUUUCAAGACCUCUGCAAUCCACCCUGGCAUGCUGUCAAUUAACUUCUGGCCCACAUCCUGACUGAUGGCAGCCCAUUCUUGCAUAAUCAAUGCUUGGAGUUUGUCAGAAUUUGUGGGUUUUUGUUUGUCCACCUGCCUCUUGAGGAUCGAACUAAAGUUCUCAAUUGGAUUAAGGUCUGGGGAGUUUCCUGGCCAUGGACCCAAAAUGUUUAUGUUUUGUUCCCCGAGCCACUUAGUUAUCACUUUUGCCUUAUGGCAAGGUGCUCCAUCAUGCUGGAAAAGGCAUUGGUCGUCACCAAACUGUUCUUGGAUGGUGGGAGAAGUUGCUCUCAGAGGAUGUGUUGGUACCAUUCUUUAUUCAUGGCUGUGUUCUUAGGCAAAAUUGUGAGUGAGCCCACUCCCUUGGCUGAGAAGCAACCCCACACAUGAAUGGUCUCAGGAUGCUUUACUGUUGGCAUGACACAGGACUGAUGGUAGCACUCACCUUGUCUUCUCUGGACAAGGUGUUUUCCGGAUGCCCCAAACAAUCGGAAAGGGGAUUCAUCAGAGAAAAUGACUUUACCCCAGUCCUCAGCAGUCCAAUCCCUGUACCUUUUGCAGAAUAUCCGUCUGUCUCUGAUGCUUUUCCUGGAGAGAAGUGGCUUCUUUGCUGCCCUUCUUGACACCAGGCCAUCCUCCAAAAGUCUUCGCCUCACUGUGCGUGCAGAUGCACUCACACCUGCCUGCUGCCAUUCCUGAGCAAGCUCUGCACUGGUGGUGCCCCAAUCCCGCAGUUGAAUCAACUUUAGGAGACGGUUCUGGCGCUUGCUGGACUUUCUUGGGCGCCCUGACGCCGCCUUCACAACAAUUGAACCUCUCUCCUUGAAGUUCUUGAUGAUCCGAUAAAUAGUUGAUUUAGGUGCAAUCUUACAAGCAGCAAUACCUUUCUGUGAAGCCCUUUUUGUGUAAAGUAAUGAUGACGGCACGUGUUUCCUUGCAGGUAACCAUGGUUGACAGAGGAAGAACAAUGAUUUCAAGCACCACCCUCCUUUUAAAGCUUCCAGUCUGUUAUUCUAACUCAAUCAGCAUGACAGAGUGAUCUCCAGCCUUGUCCUCGUCAACACUCUCACCUGUGUUAACGAGAGAAUCACUGACAUUAUGGCAGCUGGUCCUUUUGUGGCAGGGCUGAAAUGCAGUGGAAAUGUUUUUUUGGGAUUAAGUUCAUUUGCAUGGCAAAGAGGGACUUUGCAAUUAAUUGCAAUUCAUCUGAUCACUCUAAAUGACAUUCUGGAGUACAUGCAAAUUGGCAUCAUCAAAACUGAGGCAGCAGACUUUGUGAAAAUUAGUAUUUGUAUCAUUCUCAAAACUUUUGACCACGACUGUAGAAUGGCCUUACUGAAGAGCUCAGUGACUUUCAACGUGGCACCGUCAUAGGAUGCCACCUUUCUAACAAGUCAGUUCUUAACAUUUCUGCCUUGCUAGAGCUGCCCCGGUCAACUGUAAGUGCUGUUAUUGAGAAGUGGAAACUUCUAGGAGCAACAACGGCUCAGCCAAUAAGUGGUAGGCCACACAAGCUCACAGAACGGUACCGCUGAAGAUCGUGUGUCCUCGGCUGCAACACUCACUACAGAGUUCCAAACUGCCUGAGGAAGAAAUGUCAGCACAAGAACUGUUCGUCGGGAGCUUCAUGAAAUGGGUUUCCAUAGCCGAGCAGCCGCACACUAGCCUAAGAUCACCAUGCGCAAUGCCAAGCGUCGGCUGGAGUGGUGUAAAGCUCGCCGCCAUUGAACUCUGGAGCAGUGGAAACGUGUUCUCUGGAGUGAUGAAUCACACUUCACCAUUUGGCAGUCUGACGGACAAAUCGGGGUUUGGCAGAUGCCAGGAGAACGCUACCUGCCCCAAUGCAUAGUGCCAACUGUAAAGUUUGGUGGAGGAAGAAUAAUGGUCUGGGUCUGUUUUUCAUGGUUUGGGCUAGGCCCCUUAGUUCCAGUGAAGGGAAAUCUUAACGCUACAGCAUACAAUGACAUUCUAGACUAUUGUGCUUCCUACUAUGUGGCAACUGUUUGGGGAAGGACCUUUCCUGUUUCAGGAUGACAGUGCCCCCGUGCACAAAGCGAGGUCAAUACAGAAAUGGUUUGUUGAGAUCGGUAUGGAAGAACUUGACUGGCCUGCACAGAGUCAUGAACUCAACCUCAUCGAACACCUUUGGGAUGAAUUGGAACGCCGACUGCGAUACAGGCCUAAUCGCCCAACAUCAGUGCCCGACCUCAAGUCCCCGCGGUAAUGUUCCAACAUCUAGUGGAAAACCUUCCCAGAAGGGUGGAAGCUGUUAUAGCAGGAAAGGGGGGGACUAACUCCAUAUUAAUAACUAUGAUUUUGGAAUGAGAUGUUCGACGAGCAGGUGUCCACAUACUUUUUGUCAUGUCGUUUACAUGUUUAUAACUCCGCUCUCUUCUUCUCUGUAGAACAUGGACCACGGCAGAGCAUGGGGAAUCCUGACCUAUAAAGGUGAGAAUUUCCCAUUCACACAUCAUAUAUCAUGCUCUCUCACUGAAGAAAGAAUAGGUGUAGCUUUCCUUUGUAGUACCGACGUGAUUCACAAUAGUGGUCAUGAACAGAUAAGAGAUGACGACCAAGACAGCCUUUUCACACUACCGUUCCGAUCCUCAGCACAGCUUGGUUCAGUGCUGCUCGGUUCGACUCCGUAGUGUGAAAAGCCUUUUUAUUUGUUUUUACAGAAUGACAUUUCAGCAGCUUUUCAUAUGCCUCUCUGUCAUUGCAUGAUCUCUCACAGAUGAAGGAAUGCCUAGGUUUAGGUUUCUUCAGCAUUAACCUCGUCCCCAGGCUCGUGUUGCUGGCGCAUAGAGCCUGGUAACCGUUUCUUCUGACCGGGGAAGUUUUGUUAAGAGUUUAGCUUGCACUAAACAUUAACACGCAUCGCUUGCGCUACAGUUUUGGAAGCAUAAGGAAUGUACCUUUCAUAUCAGUGAGAAAUAAUAAUACAUUUAAAAAAGUGAAAUUACUACACCUUUUUAUAGGCUUAGUGUUCCCACACAGCCAUAUUUCCAUGUUACAGCGCUUGUUUAUGGAAAACACUGACGGAAAAAGUGGACUACCUGUGCUAAUUAGCUAUCUGCGUCUCCGAACACCUGUGUGUAAACGGAAGACGGACGCCACAAACGUGUUGUAACUGAAAAAUACUAUCGGCUCCUUUAGUCCACUAUUGGGAUAGACAACAGUGUGCAUUAAUGUGGGACUUGAAAGGGGUGUAGUUGAAAUUGAGGCGGGAGAGGGAGAGAGCCUGCUACAGCUGUGCCUUGGCCUAUUACACUGAACAAAAAUAUAAACGCAAAAUGGAAAGUGUUGGUCCCAUGUUUCAUGAGCUGAAGUAAAAGAUCCCAGAAGUAGUCCAUACGCACAAAAAGCUUAUUUCUCAAAUGUUGUGCACGGAUUUGUUUACAUCCCUGUUAGUGAGCAUUUCUCCUUUGCCAAGAUAAUCCACCCACCUGGCAGGUGUGGCAUAUCAAGACGCUGAUUAGACAGCAUGAUCAUUACACAGGUGCACCUUGUGCUGUGGACAAAAGAUCACUCUAAAAUGUCCAGUUUUGUCACACAAUGCCACAGAUGUCUUAGGUUGAGAGAGCGUGCAAUUGGCAUGCUGACUGCAGGAAUAUCCACCAGAGCUGUUGCCAGAGAAUUUUAUGUUAAUUUCUCUACCAUAAGCCGCCUCCAACAUAGUUUUAGAGAACUUGGCAAUACUUCCAACCGGCCUCACAACAGCAGACCACGUGUAACGACGCCAGCCCAGGACCUCCACAUCCGGCUUCUUCACCUGCGGGAAAAUCUGACACCAGCCACCCGGACAGCUGAUGAAACAGCACAACCAAAGAAUUUCUGCACAAACAGUCAGAAACCAUAUUAGGGAAAGCGUCACGUCUGGAGGAAACCUGGCACCAUCCCUACGGUGAAGCAUGGUGGUGGCAGCAUCAUGCUGUGGGGAUGUUUUUCAGCGGCAGGGACUGGGAGCCUAGUCAGAAUUGAGGCAAAGAUGAACGGAGCAAAGUACAGAGAGAUCCUUGAUGAAAACCUGCUCCAGAGCGCUCAGGAUCUCAGACUGGGGCGAAAGUUCACUUUCCAACAGGGCAACGACUCUAAGCACACAUCCAAGAUAACGCAGGAGUGGCUUCGGGACAAGUCUCCUAAUGUCCUUGAGUGGCCCAGCCAGAGCCCGGACUUGAACCCGAUCGAACAUCUCUGGAGAGACCUGAAAAUAGCUGUGCAGCAACGCUCCCCAUCCAAGCUGACAGAGCUUGAGAACAUCUGCAGAGAAGAAUGGGAGAAACUCCCCAAAUACAGGUGUGCCAAGCUUGUAGCGUCAUACCCAAGAAGACUCCAUGCUAUAAUCGCUGCCAAAGGUGCUUCCACAAAGUACUGAGUAAAGGUCUGAAUACUUAUGUAAAUGUGUGUUUCAUUUUUAAUAAAUUAGAAUAUAAGAUUUCGAAAAAAGUUUUUGCUUUGUCAUUAUGGGGUAUUGUGUGUAGAUUGAUGAGGGGGAAAAAAUAUUUAAUCAAUUUUAGAAUAAGGCUGUAACGUAACAAAAUGUGGAGAAAGUCAAGGGGUCUGAAUACUUUCUGAAGGCACUCGCCAAACAAUUUUGAAAGUACAUGCAAUUUUCACGUGUUCCACCACAAAACUGUCAUAAACAAAUCUCAAGUAUCAGAGACCGCAAGCUCCCAGCUACUAUAUCUAGCCAAUGCAACAUUGACAUUAUCCCACCCCUGGUUAGCCACUAUUGGCUUAAAAAGCCAAACCUAACAUAUCUGCCAAUUAAUUUCCAGCAAUAUUGCCUGUCUGUGAUGUGUGUUUGUCCAUCACUCCAUGUCUAGCUAGUUGAUGUGAUAACCGUCUUGUGGUUUGACAGAAAUACUUUCCCCAAAACCUUCUCAUUAAAUGUUAACUGCAAAGUAGGCUUACCAGGCAGAAGUAUAUCAUGAGUAAGUAUAUCAUUUGUAUCUAUUUUUUGUUAUUUGCAAACUUGCCAUGAAAUGAGCUGCAGCAGUACAGAACAAUCACUAGACCAGAACAUUAGAUGGCACAUUCCUUACUCGCUAGAUGCGCAAUUAAAGGGCCAGAUGCACAAUUAAAGGGGAAUUACACUUUUUUUUCUUCCAGGCCUAACAGAAUUGUCUUCAGAUGUGAUUUAAGCAUUGACAUGAACUCAGAACAUCAAUUUUGUUGUUUCUCUACGAACAAUUGUACUUUUAUUUUUGGGGGGUACUUUUUACCCCUUUUUCUCCCCAAUUUCGUGAUAUCCAAUUGGUAGUUAGAGUCUUGUCCCAUCGCUGCAACUCCCGUACGGACUUGGGAGAGGCGAAGGUCGAGAGCCAUGUGUCCUCUGAAACACAGACCCCACCAAGCCGCACUGCUUCUUGACACACUGCAUGCUUAACCCGGAAGCCAGCUGCACCAAUGUGUCGGAGGAAACACUGUACAGCUGGCGACCAAAGUCAGCGUGCAUGCGCCCGGCCGUCACAAGGAGUCGCUAGAGCGCGAUGGGACAAGGACAUCCCAGCCAGCCAAACCCUCCCCUAACCUGGACGACGCUGGGUCAAUUGUGCGCCGCCUCAUGGGUCUCCCCGUCGUGGCCGGCUGCGACACAGCCCGGGACGAACCCGGUUCUGUAGUGACGCCUCUAGCACUGCGAUACAGUGCCUUAGACUGCUGCGGCACUCAAUUGUAAUUUUCAGAGUAAAAAACUAACAAAAUAUAAAACCAGGAAAAAUAAAACUGAACAUAAUUUGGGAAAAUAUAAAACAGAAUUUUGGGGGAAAAACAUUUUAUAGGGCCCCCCUUAGUUGUUUAUUAACAAUUAUUUUACCAGGUAUAUUGACAGAAAACAUAGUGUACUACUUUCUCUUGUACACUAAGGACCUGGGGAAAAGUGGAGGGGAGGGGAGAGGAGAAGAAUGUGCCUAUUUGAAAGCUAGAAUGUGUAGCUCUCGACAUGUUUAAUUUUCUCAUGCUAGAAAAAGUUGGAGACCCCUGUGCUAGAUGGUGAUGGCCUGAGAGAUCAGCCAAUUAAAACCAUUGGCUGUUUUCGCCGCUCCUUCAAGUCCCGUCUCGACAGAGAGAGCUGGCUGGUGGGCGAGACUACCUCCGCAUUACUGUCAUUUGACAUUUAUCACAGCAGUGGUUGUGAAAAGAGAUUAGGAAAAGACCAAGUCAACAUUAUGUGUAUUAUUAUUUUCCACAGGCAAGCAGGAGAGUGAAGUGAAGGAGAUUGACAAGGUGAUGUACCAUGACUGGCGUCUGGUGCCCAAACACGAGGAGGAGCAGUUCAAACUCUACAACCCUGUUCCCGAGCCCCCCAUACGCUAUGUGUCGUACCCGCCCCUGCUCCGUGCCAUGCUUCUCGCCCAGCGGCAGAAAGAUAAGCUAGGGGCGGCGGUUGAGGAGCCAACCUUACCCCUGAAGAGGGAUGUCCUACUCAGCAAAGAGUACUUCAGAAGUCAGGAGAAAGAGAGGGAGCGGGAGAGGCAGGAGGGGACAGCAGUGUGAGAGAGGGGUCAAGAGGAAAAGAGGUGAAAGGUUACCUACAAGGGACUGUGAUGUCAACUUGGAUAGAUCCUACACCCUUCGUCCAAAAGCAUUGAAUUGUUACAAGCAUGGAUGAAGGGAGUUUCAACCAUAUCCUUUGCACCAAUCCAUUCCUUUUAAAUCCAUGAGGGGGUGUAGGAGUGCACAUCUCAGGAGAAGGGUAGAGAAUUGGACAACAGCUAUAGCCGUUUCUUUUACAUUCAUAUGAGCCUUCUAUAAAGAUUAUUCUGAAUAGAAAGAAUUUGGGAUCAUCAGAUGGACUUGAGUGACAACUUGCUGUAAGGUUUCCACAACUGGCACUUGUCUCUUACCCAUAUUGUGAUGUGAUGCUUGUGUGUUUGUAUUGUAAAUAUUAAAAUAUACUACAUUAUGAAAAGAA